AGCCCAAAUACAGCCUCAAGUAAAUUUAUCAGAACUUAGAGAGGAGGUGUCUGCAAUUGUGAGAACUCCGAGGGAGAAGAACCAAUCCACCCCUACAAAUCGACCCAACUGAAAAACUAAACUCAUUUUAUUUAUUUUUACACAAAUAUACCAACGAUUCGCAGAGGACUCGCUCACUUGCAGAUUCUUCAGUUUGAUUCAAACCCAAAAAGGCCAAAUCUUUUUGGUAGAUUGUUGAUCUUCUUGGUCAAGGGUUGGCUUUCAUUAGGGAUGGGAAUUUGAUAAUAAAAAAUUUCCAAGUUUGAGGAAGUUUACGAAUUGUGGAACGCCUGAAAAACUUGGUAGUUCGAAGACUUUUUUGGGGGCAGGCAGGGGAAAAAAUUAAAAAGAUAGUUUUUCUUAAUAGCAAUGAAUCGAAUUGAUGAAAUUUAUAGAGAACGGAUAGCUGCACUUUGGCGAGCUAUGUAUGCAACAAGAUGCAUUAGAGAUGAUAGUGUUCCAUGCCAAAUUGAAGAGGGUCUUUAUUUGGGUUCUGUUGGAGGUGCAAAUAAUAAAAGUGGUUUGAAAAGCUUGAAUGUAACUCACAUUUUAACUGUGGCGAGUUCGUUGGCACCCGCUCAUCCAAAUGACUUCACAUACAAAAUAAUUGAUAUCCAGGACAGAGAAGACGUAAAUAUAGCGCAGUAUUUUGAUGAGUGUUUCAAUUUCAUUGAUGAAGCUAAAAGAACGGGUGGUGGUGUGUUGGUUCAUUGCUUUGUUGGAAGAUCCAGAAGUGUGACUAUUGUCGUUGCUUAUCUAAUGAAGAAGCACAAUAUGAGUGCGUCUGAAGCUUUGGACCUUGUGAGAAGUAAACGACCGAUGGCAUCUCCUAACUCUGGUUUUAUGUUACAGCUACAAAACUAUGAGAAAUCUCUUCGAGUUCAGGAACAAACAUAGGAAGAGCUCAUGAAGUUUAGCCCUGAGGCUAUGCACUAUCGGUUUGCCAUCAGAAUUGGAUAGAACUAUGUUUUCUAGACGACUACAUCGAGUUCUGAUGUUGUGAUUAGACAACUAGCUUUUAUUUUGAUGAUUAAUUAUACGAAAUUGUUUCAGAGAUGCUUUUGAUGUUCAAAUUUUCACAUUCCUGUUGAUUACGGGAAACUACCCUAAUAAGAUGCGUUCAUUCAAACAA